AUGGCAGGAGGACAAAAAGAAGAUUUCUUCUUUACUAAAUAUAUGAGAGGUAAUUAUAUACUUAACCCAUAAACUUUUAAUCACAUUAUUAAUUAAUUUUAUAUAUUUGUAUAAUUGUCAUAUUCACUUUUAUCCACCCGUUUUAUAAUAUGAAAAUAAAAUCUGUAUUUCAAAAUUAAUAAGUUUGAUGUUUAUAAAUUGGAAUUAAAAAUAAAAUUAAAAUAUGUAUUUAAUUUGUUCAUUUAGUUACAGAUAAUAAAUCAACAGCAAAAGAAAACAAUGGUGUGAUUGAUAAGUUAAGGUAUUUGUUGUAAUUUACAAUUUCUUUUAAUGAGAUUUUAUUAAUUUUUAAAACAAUUUCUGCAAUAAUUUUUAGUAAUUGCUAUCAGAAACAUGCAUGGAAAGAAUUGCAGGAUUCUUUGUUUAAUUGUUGUAUGGAAUUGGACUGUAACAAUAUCACAAUGACCAAAUUUAAGUUAUAUAAGCUUAAUAUCGUACGUGGUAAAGGCAUGCUUUGUCGCUUCUUAAUGUUCGCUCAAAUAAGAAGAUUAGGCGAUUCUUUUUUCUAUGCUAAAUUGGUUGCCUUAAUAAACGUUGACGUAAGUUAUUCUAAACGUGAAAUUUGUUUAUUUUAUUAUUCAAUAUAUGUUAUAAUAUAUUUUUUAGUUCCCCAACAUCGUUGAAUUACUCAUAACAAGAUAUAUUGUACAAUUCAAAGUAACUUAUUUUUUUGAAGAAGAUAAAUCGUAUAUUCUUGGACCAGCUUAUUUUCUUGCGCAUUUGAUCAACUUUAACUGUGUAAGUUUUUAGUUAUUUCAGUAUAUUUUGAUAGGGCCGUGCCUAGAGAGGAGGGGGGGGGUGCGAGCGGUGCACACACACCGGACGCUAUGACCCCGGGGACCAAUAAAACAUUAUAAAGUUCUACAAUUGCAUAUUUUUACAAUAAACGUAUUAGUGAACGACUGACAGAGAGAUUUACCUUUUUUAUUUGCUUAUGAGUGAAUUUUUCUGACAACGGGUGCCGAUUAUGCUAAUCACGGAACUGUAUUUUAAUGUACUAAAUUUAAUUGAUAAUUGUUAUAUUGAUAAAUAUUAUUUUAGGUUGAUGCUGUUGUUGUUAUUCAGAUGUUGAAUAUUAUCUUCAAACAUUCUUCACUGAACCCAUUUAAACUUCGAGUAGUAAAGGAGGUUUUGAAAAUAUGUGGAUAUAAACUAUGCAUUGAACAAGAGAAAGAAAUGUAUCAAAUUUUAGAAGUUUUGGAUUUAAUUCCACAGAAUUUUCGUCUUGUUAAAGAAGUAUGUUAAUAUUUUUUUCAUUUCUCAAAUAUUAGUAUUUAAGGUUUAAUAUAUACAGAGUGUAAAACAAAGAUUUGAGACCUGAAAUUACUUUUUUUUAGUCAAUAUUGAAUUAAUAAGUUUUAAAUUCCGAAUGGAGUGAAGAAUGUUUUAGUUUUACUAUGAUGAAUGAUUAAUUUCUUUCUUUUCUGUGUACAAUUUUUUUACCAGAAACUUUAGAGGGAAAUGAAAAGUAAGACUUUUCGUUGCAUUUUUAAUCUUAUUGGUGUAUUAAGGAGGUAAUUUCUUGAUUUUCCUUGCGGUUUAAUAGCAACUUGGAAAAUCUGGAAAAUUUAGAAUGUUAAUAAAUGUUCGCAAUAAAAAUAUAGUAAAUUAACGAUUAAAAACUAGUAAUCAUAAAAUAUUCCAUUAAUAAUUAUUACAAUAAAAAAAACGUAAAAAAAGUUGGGUAAGUGAAAUACAUAAAAUUAUUUAAUUUAUACCUCUAAAUAUUGAUACACUAUUACUAACCUAUAACCUAACUGAAUUGGAAAACGAUUCGAAGCGAAGUUCAGUUAUACAUGUUUUGAAAAGUCGUAUAGGAAUAUUCAAGAUUAUCGUCAAUAUUUGAUAUUAAAAUGUGUAUAAAAAAAUUCUACAGUACAUUCAAUUCUUUUUUUACCAUUAUGUAUGAUAUAUAAUAAACCUCUUGUAAAUGUUCAAUCAUUUCUGUUUAGUCUAAUAAUUUUAUCCACAGAGUAUCUAUACCGAAUAAACAUUAAAAACUCACAUAAUAUUAAAAUGUCUAUAAAUAACUAAAAAAUAACUAAAAUGUUUUGAAAAUGUUACCAACUCUAAAAAAGGUAAAUAUUCGUUUUCUGACUAAAUUUCAAGUCUUCACUAAUAUUUUUAACUAAUUUAUAAUAAAAAUACAAAACUGAUAAUACCUAAUAUAAGUUUUUUUUUCUUAAAUUUUCUUAUUGUUUUUACGGUUUUUUUUUUUUACUUCUCUGAAUUAUUAUAAAAACUACAAGGAAAAUCGAAAAACAUUUUAACACCAACAAGUUUAAACUUGCCGUUUUUCUAUUACAACAAUAUUUUUGGUGGAAACCUACCUUUUUUUUAUAAAUUAAAAAUAAUGAAAUCUGUAACGUCUCAGCGCGGCGAGCAGUAGAAAUGUGUGGUUUCACCUAUAGUUUUCUUUCCGGUUUCUUUCCCUAGUACGCUUCGAGUCUAAAAAACAGUUGGAGGAAUUCCAACACCACCCAAAUAAUAUCACUCGAAUAUGUAAUAUAUAUAUAGACAUAAGGUAACCAAAUUCUGUGUUUAAUAUUAAUGAUUAAUUAUUUUCAGAUUUUGAGCAGAAUGUAAGAGCUCUGUUACUCUUCUCAAAAUUAUAUUGUAGGUAGAAAUAUUUUUAAAGGGGUAUUUAGCACAUUUUAGUUAGCUAUCGUAAUCUAAAGAACAUUUGUAGUCAUCUUUAUGUAUGUAGCAAUGUAGUCAAUAUUAAUUUUUUGAGUUACCUAUUUCAUAAUCUAACUGGUUGGAGUGUAUUUUUUUUUUGACGCUCUCAUUGAAAGUGCAUAAUAUUCAAGAUAUAGUUUUGCUUUCAUUAAUUUUCAGUAACACUACCUUUCAUCGUAGUUUCUUCAGUAUCUUCUAAUAUUAUAAUAUUAUAUCUACAUUGUUUAUAUUAAAAUAUUAAUUUGAGGUCAUUCACCUCAUUUGCUAUCUUUGUCUAUAAUAUGCAUCCAUAUUAGUAUGCUUUAAGUUCGGUUAUAGCAGAACAAUUAUUAUGAAAUUGAAAAAAAUAUUUUUAUGUCUAACCAACAUCAAAAUAUUAAAAUGAAUUUAAAAGUAUAAUAAAUCAGUGCGUAAAUUAUAUUAUUUUGUUUUUUAGGAUAUCCAGAUUAAUAAUAUUGACUAUAGAUAUAUUAUAUUUCAUUAGUCAUUUUUUUUUACACCUUUAACUAGAUAUAAAGAACAUUUAUAAAUAGUCAAAAAGAGAAUUUUAUAAUGUUAUGCCUUAUGGAUACAUUAAUUAGUAACCAAGGCUGCAUCUGUAGGAUGGUUUGGCCUGCAAACCUCCUCCUCCAAAAAUUGUUCGUAUUAUAUUUUGGCGUGGAAAAAUAAUUAUUCCAGUCUAUGAAAAUAAAAACACCACAAAUAUUUAGUUUAAAUUCCCCCCCCCCCAAAUGGUUUUCCAGUUAUGGCCUUAUAAUAGACAGAGACAGUAAAUGUUGGUGCACGAUAUUACUGUUAAUAUAAAUCUAAAAUAUAAUUCAUAUAUGUAUUUAAAAUAAUAUAAAUUAAUGUCUUAAAGGACUUCAUUAUUAACAUUUGUUUAUGUGUCUGUCUCACGAGUAAUAUAUAUAGCAUAAAAUCCAUUUUAUAUUUCUACGAUUCUUUAAUUGGGUUUGGAGCAAAGGAAACUAUUAUACGUUUUAUAAAGAUUAUUUAAUUUUAUUAUAGGUGACAAACAGAAAAAAACAAAUGUUACUGAUGAGUCCCCUCUCUUUAUGAUAAAGGGAAAAAAACAAUUUCAAUUUGUUUAAAAUUCGCAUUUUAUUAAUAAAGAAUACAUGUAAUAAAUGUGUACAUAUACAACGUUUUUAUUAUUUGAAUAUAAUUAUUUAGAUCCAAUUUUUGAUAAAGUACAUUUUCAAAUUACAUGAUUUGUCAAAAACAACCACGGUUGAGGAGAAAUAUGAUAAAGGAUUAAAGGAGCUUUUUAGCAAACAACAGACUCAUGAUGUUACUUUUUUAUCUGCUUUUAACCCAGAAUAUGAUUUGGGUAUGUAUAUAACUAUAAAAAAAUUAUUCAUUACCUAGGAUAUAAUUUACCAUUUAUUGUAUUUGUGUGUGUAAUUUCAGAUUCUUAUACAUUAGAUUUGGAUUAUGUAACAAACGAAGAGAUUUUUAAACAGUUUGUGCCCCGUGAAGAUGAGAACUUAUUAUGUGACAUUCAUUAUGACAGUGAUACUGAUUUUCAAUGGGAAGCUACAGAAGAAAAUGAAAAAAAUGGGUAAGCUACCAUAUUUUAAUUAAAAACAAAUAUUUUGUUGUUUAGUUUAGACAAUUUAUUUUAACACAGUGAAUUGGGUAACGCAAUUUUAUUUGAACUCACACACUUUACCAGUGGUUAUUAAACUUGUGUAGUACACAGGCUUAUAUGAUGGACUUUUUAAAUCCACCAACGCUCUACAAUAACUGUUUAGAUUCUGAGCGAGGAAUGGUUUAUAAAUGGUUUAUUUUUUUCUGUGAACAACUAUUCUACUAGAAGUCUUGCUCUGAUUUUUAAGUGUAGAACAUUUUUUGAAAGGACAUUUUAUCUUGGUGAUACAAUAGACAGUUCACUUUUUAAUUUGCUAUAGGAUUUUCUAAAUAAUUAGGAAUAAAACGCAGGAAAAACGGGAAAAUUUAUGAAAUGUGUUUUUUUCAAUUUUUUUUUUUUUUUUUGUUAUUUAGAAAAACUAUUCGUAGAGACCUAACAUUUUCACAAAAAAAUUAUAUUUUCCAUGUCUAAAAGUGUUAAAAUGUUCAAAACAUUUUAGUUCAAAAUAUUUUAGCUAGUUUUGAACUAUUUAUAGACAUUUUAAUUUUACAAGUUUUUACAUAAUUUUUAAUUGGUAGGUACUCUGUGGAUAAAAUUAUUAGACUAAAUAUUAAUAAUUAAACACUAAACAAGAGAUUUUUGCUGCCUUAUCGUAUGUUCUUAACAAUAGUGUUAAGUAUACGAAAUUAUACUCUUUCUUUUUUUUUUUUUUUUUUGAAAAUUAUAAAUAAUAAAUAAAUAAAUAUAAAUAUGUAGAAAACAUAUUAAUAAAAUUUUGUAUUUAUUUAAAUGUUUACAUUUAAAUAUUUAUACUUUAGUCAUACAUAUAUUAUUUUAUUUUAUUUAAAAUUAUUUAAAUUUCAAUGUAUUUUCAUCAUUAAGACACAAACUUAAUGAGUUGACAUUAUGAUUUCAAAUAAUUAGUUUUAGAUUCCAAGUGUAACGAGGAAUGUAUUGAUUUUAUAAUGCUGUUUACUUUUUUCUUAUUUUUUUUCUUACAGUUUGUGGACACGUUUUUUCCUAGUAAACUUGUUCCGAUAUUUUACUUGUAGUAACUUUUCUGAAAGCUCAAAUUCUCUAAAUUAUACUUUAAACAGGUAAAGGUCAUUUUUUGAUUUUCAAUGCCAUUUUUUAAAUAAAAGCAUUUAAGUGAGGACAAAUUUAGAAAAACAUACAAUUUCACGAUUUCAUUAUUUUAUAAAAACACGGACGACAUUUUCUCUCAGAAAAAAUGAUUUGAAUUGAAAAAUCACAAGAUACCUUUUUUGAGCCACGUUUGAGCCUUUAAGAAAUUUUAAUUUUUGGUAGUUUUUUUGCUGUAAUUUAGUUAUAAAUACACGUAGAGAUUUGGUAAUAAUACUUAUAUUGGACUUACCUAGACGUGGUAAAAUUUCCAAAAUCAUCAGACAACUUUUUUUCCUUUUUUCAAUAAGCGUUUUGAAAUACAAUUUAAACAAAAAUCGCAAAAAAAAAAAAAAUACGGCAUUUCAAAUUAUGUACUACUGAAUUGCGCUCGGAAUUUCGGUCUUUUGACAAGCAACGGUUUAUCGUUGCUUAUAAAUAUAAAUGAAAUAAUCUUAUGUAUCCUACAUUCCCAAUUUCUCACCUAUAACAGUGGCCGCUCCUAUCCCCAGUAUCGGCUCUUUUUUAUACUUGAUAUUAGAAAAAAUCAUCAUAAAGUUAUCAAAUUAAAAAAAAUGUAUAUAGAUGGAUAUGAGCUAUGGGCAAAAGGGUUGAAUAGUGUACACAUUGGCCAAUUCUUUCAAGAGAGGGUUUUUUUUUUAUAAUGGAGGACCUAAAUUUUAAAAUUUACUUUUUUUUGGAUUUUUAUACCUGGUCACCACAAUUAUUAUAAUUCGUACUUCAUGAUAAAAAAAAAUAAUAAUAAAUGUAAUGUAGAAUAUCUUUUUAUGAGAGUUAAAAUUAAAUUUUGACGAAAAUCGUAAAUAUUUCGACCUUGCAAAUAUAUAUAAUCAAACUUGACUCCGAAUCGUUUUUCGUUAGUAAUGGUCCAUCAAUAAUGCUUACAGGUAUAAUUAAAUAAUUAUAUGUAUCCCACCUUCCCAACUUCUCAUCUAUAACAGUGGCCCACCCAUCUUGUGAAGUAUGUUCGUUUUUUUAAAAUGGUUUUACUUCAUGUGAAAGAUCAUGUUGCAUUUUAAAUAUCAGUUUUUGAACUAUAUGACCUGCUUGAACUGAGUACCAUGCAGACAUGGACUUUUAAAAAAGGGGAAGGGAAGCUAUAUAAUUUUAGCGCAAAUAUUAACAAUUAUUGGAGUAAAUUAUAAGAAGUUAAAUGUAAAAAUCUAACCAAUUCAGUUCAAUUGUGGGUCAUUUUUAUAAAUUGAGAACGUAAAAUAUACAGAAUGUAAUUUAUAUUAGUUUAUAUCUAUGCACGAUGAUAAAUCAGUACAAACGAAAAACGACUAUGAAGCAAAUACGAUUCAACAUGUUUAAUUGACAAAUUUAAAUAUAACAGUAUAUUAUUCUAUGACCAAAAAUAAAUUACAAUUAUUUGUGUUUAACAAAUUUUUUAACAUAAAAUAUAAUUGAAAAUAAAUUGUAAAAUUUAUUGUUGUUCAUACAAAUAGAACAAAUAUUAAAAAUGUCAAAUAGGCACAAAAUAUUUUGAAAAUAACAAAUCGUCUAGAAAUUUCGUAUUAUGUAGUGCAAAAUAAUUAAUUAUAUGAUCGAAUUGUUGUAAAAAAUUUAAUUAUAAUCUAUUUAUUAUAGAUCUAAUAGACCUUUUUUAUAUUAUUAGAGAAUUAUAACUUUCUUAUAAAAAUUCAUAUUAAUUUUAAGUAGAUUUAUUAAGGCGAAUUCAUAUCAAUUGGGGCUAACAUUUUUGGGACAUGGGGUGUUGUAGCAUUCCAGCACCCCAGGAGAGACCUGUAACAAUAUAUUACCUCUCCCUCCUUUCCCUUUUCCUUGUAUAAAAAUAUACAAGAAUAUGUAUACCCCUUCUUCAAUCAUAUAUUCUACGAUUUCUCAUGUCCAGAAUUAAAAUGCAAAUAUAUCCUACGACAUUCUAACGUUUACAAAAGAAAUGUACUAAACGAGGAAAUAUUAUGAAAUAUUCUUUCAUCCUCCGUAAUAUUUCACAUGAAAUGUUAUAUUUUCUACGUAAUUCCUACUUCCACAAAUGAGUAGUAAAAAUAAAAUAUAUAAUGGUAUACUCUAAUUUAAUUUUCAUCUGAUAAGUAUUUUAAAUUUAUAAAAUUUGUACUUAUACCUAGUUAUAUUUUUAAAAUCGAAAUUAAUGACAAAUCAUCAAUGAUCAUUAUGAUUUAUUAAUUUUAAUUACUUGGAAAUUAAUUGUAUUCGAUUAAUGUAAUUAUUACGUACAAUUAACCUGUACCCCAUUCACUGCCUAUAAGGGAGGGCUUAUUAAAAUAUGGAAUUCAAUUAUCCGCAAUAUUACAUUCCGGAAAAAUAUUAUUAGAUAUUUACCAGGGCAUAGAAAGUGGGUGUUUAUUAUGAAAGGUUCCUGGGCCAUUUAAGAUUCUGAACAUCUUGUACAAUUGUAACAUAUGGUUUUUUAUAAAUUAUAUAAUAAUUAUAGUAAAAUGUAUAUUAUUUAGAAAUUAUUGAUGGACGUAAUUAAAAUGGUUUCCAAUUUUCUAUUGAUUUUUCUAUUUUUAGUGAGGAGUCUGAAGAUUUUACUGGUGACAAUAAAGUUGCCGAUGAAAAAGUUACAGAUGAGCACUCAACAACUGACCAACCAUCAUAA